AUGUCUCAGAAUGAGCCAUUAAAAAUCACAUUGAUUGGUGCUGGCACCAUUGGCCUUUCUUUCGUAGCUCUACAUUUCGAACAAGCUAUUUCCCAAGGAGCGUCGAGCCUCGAGCUGACCAUCCACGACUCCCGGCCUGACAUUGAAGAGUACAUACUCAACACACUGCCUGCAUACACCAAUGCAGAGAUUACGAAGAAAGUCUACGUGACAGGUGGCUAUGAUGUGACCCUAGACGAUGUCCUAGGACACGCCAGAAGCAAUACAUUAAUCGUUGAUAAUAAUCUGGAGACCGCAGUGUCGAAAGCGAGUAUCAUCCAAGAGCAAGGGCCGGAGAAUGCCGCCUUCAAGACCGCCCUCUGGCCUAAGGUCGAGCAGCACUGCCCACCCGACGCCUUACUCUGGAGCUCCACGAGUGGCAUUUCUGCCUCAACCCAGUCCACCGACAUGAAAGACCGCUCCCGCCUAAUCGUUGCGCACCCAUGGAACCCACCUCAUGUCAUGCCUUUAAUCGAAGUGGUCCCUUCUCCAUAUACAAGCCCGAAAGUGAUAUUGCGGACGAUGGAGUUCUGGAAGAGCAUGGGCAAAGUCCCUGUCUUGCUCCAGAAAGAAAUCACAGGGUUCGCGGGUAACAGACUUGCCUUCGCCCUUUUGAGGGAAGCCAUACAUCUGGUCAAUGAGGGUGUGGCUUCGGUCGAAGAUAUCGAUAGCGUCAUGGAGAAUAGCCUUGGUCCACGAUGGGCUGUCUCCGGCCCUUUCAAGAGCUAUCAGGCCGGAGGGGGUGAGGGUGGGAUUGAGGCUUUCUUCAAGAAUAUUGGUGCUACGGUACAGGCUUGUUGGGAUGACAUCGGGAAGGUGAACACGGGCGAAGGAUGGGAGAAGAACAUCUACUAUCAGACAAAGGAAGCUUAUGGGGUCGUUGAUACGAAGGGGAGAGACGCGAAGACACGGAAAGUACUUGAUGCUGCACAAUCUAGUGAAGACGAGCAGAAUGACACUACGCUUGGAUACUGGUCGGUCCAAGAGCAAAGCGUGAUUCCUGCAUGCAGAUUGACCCCCAACUCCACGAACGAUGUCUCCGUUGCUGUUUCAGAACUCGCCAAGCUUCACUGUCAAUUCGCUAUACGUGGUGGUGGUCACAUGUUCUGGGCCGGAUCUGCUAAUAUCGCAGGCGGAGUGACCAUCGAUCUGAGCUCCUUUACAUCUGUCUCUGUUUCGGCAGGUCGCAAAAUUACAUCUGCAGGCGGUGGGACGCGGUGGUCAGCAAUUUAUUCCAAGCUCGAUGCUAUGGGCCUUGCCAUCGUGGGCGGACGUGUGUUCGAUGUUGGAAUCGGUGGACUUAUCCUUGGAGUCUUCAUUAGUCUCAAAGCUGACUCGACGACACGUGGGAAUCCAUGGUUUGCUCCACGAUUCGGAUUUGUCUGCGAUAACAUUGCCAAUUUCGAGGUCGGUCUCCCAAAUAUCGUGCAGCGGUUUAUACCACCAGGUCCGUCCGGAUCGAAAUCAAGAGCGCUAUCCUCAAAGAACUGGACAAUCUGCUGGCAUACUGCAAAGAAGGCCGAAGUGGACAGCUUGCGGCGUAUCGACGCCGGAGACGGCCAGGCAGGCCACGAGAACCUGACCAUUCAAGGUUCUGUCGACCCAGCUUGCGUUGACGAAAUCCUGCAUCGUGCUGGAUCAGGAUCUAAGACUGCGGAGCAAAUACAAAAUGUCUCACAGGCUUACCUUGUCGAAGGAGAUAAAGCAUAUGUCGCUGGAAAAUUGAGUAAAGCCAUUGCUCAAUAUGACCAUGUGACGGAAUUCUUAAAGCAUCAUCUCUGCCUGAAACUGGACGAAGAUGCUCCAAGAGGUUUACUCGAGGCGGGGUUAGUCCCAAACCAAGCGCGGGUGUACGUAACCUUGUGCACCGCUCGCGCCCAUCGGGCUUUAGGCGAAGGUGAGGACGAGUUGCGGCUGUUCGAAGAGUCUCUAAACGCCGAGGACGAUGGAUCCACCGUUCUCAGAGCGCUGGCGGACUUGUUUCCAAAGGCCGCACCUGAGCAGGCGGGAAUGGUAAUGGAGCGACACGAUAAGCUUCAGAGUGGUGGAAGCAAUCGACUUCGAUGCUAUUCGAGCCGUUUGGGAGGCUGUGUGAGCUCGGAGAACAAUCGGUAA